AUGAUUUGUAGCAAUAUAAAAAUCUUAUAAAAUAAUGAAAACCUCACAAGCAAGUUUCUUGAAGAAAAAAUAGAAGUUUAUGGUUUAGAAAUGCAAUAAUGCAUUGAAGUAUAUUUCAUUAAUUAAAAAUUUUAGUCCUCCUUCAUUAGAAUUGAUAAUUUUCUUGAUUAAAUAAUCAAUGACUCUUUCAAUUCCUUUAAUUAAAAUUUAGAAUAAUCAUAAUUAGCAAUGCUUCAUUAAUAAUUUAUUUUAUUUCCCUAAUUAGCAAUACCAAAUUUUGCGAAUUAAUAAUUCGGAAAUGAACUGAUUCAUUCUCUAACCCCAUUAGUGAAAUUUUCUAUUGAAAAUGAAAUAAAAAAGAAUGUGGAAGCUCUUAAUUAAGACAAUAGAGCAAUUUAGAAAGAGAAUUAGUAAAUCUAAGACCUUAAUCAUCAAAUUCUUAUAUAGUCAAAUAAUAUUAAAGAGCUUUAUAAAUAAUAAUAAAAUGAAAAUUAACUUACACAAUAAAAGUCUAAGAUUUUAGUGGAGAAUGAAGAAGUAUUGUAAAAUUAAUUUUUAUAAUAAUCAAAAUAAAUUUAAUACCUUAAUGAAAAUUUAAAAUUGAUAGAAAAUAAACUGAAAACCAAUCUUAUAAUCUUCAAUAAAGAAUUAGAAUCAAGCUUGAGAAAUUAUUCUAAAGAAUUAGCUUUUUCAACAAAAUUUAAAUAAAAAGACAUAUAAAUUUUAGAGAAUGGAAAAAUAGCUUUUGCCUAAAAUAAUGUGUGGUAAGUUUGCAUUUGUGAUCAANUAGCCAAUUAUUUAACUUAACCAAAAUUUUAAACUAAAAUAAUUUAUUAAAUUCUCUCUUUUUUUUAGUUCUGA